AUGGCCAAGCCGGAAGAACGUUUAGCUACUCUUUUACAAGAAAAGAGCAGCCUACUUCUGGCCAUGAAGAACCUCAAGAACCAUGUGGAAGCUGAUAAUCGGAUGACUGCCGCAGAAUUGGAUUGCCGAGCGCAGGUGCUAGACGCUCAUUUCAGGCAAGCGUCUCAAAUUCAAUCCAACAUUGAGCGUCUAGACCCAGAAAACAAAGAGAGAGAGAUCCUCGAUGAGUUUUUCAUCUCAACCAAGGCAGCCAUUCUCAGCAGCUCCUCCAAACUUAAACGCGAAAGAAUAGACGACAACAGUUUUCUAAAUUCUACUUCUUCCCAGUCACAUCACACUCGAUUGCCUUCAUUAAAAUUGCCCAAAUUCGAUGGAAAAUACAGCGAGUACAGCCGAUUUAUGACUGCAUUUACGCACUUGGUGGACGAUGACGUCACAAUUAACCCAGUCGACAAGUUCAAUUAUCUCCUUAGUUGCUUGUCCGACACCGCCUUGAGUGUUGUGUCGUCUUUUCAAGUUUCGGAAGACAAUUAUCCCAAAGCCAUGAAUCGCCUCAAGGAGCGAUACGACAAGAAGGUACUCAUCUUUCUGGAGCACAUAUCUAGCUUGUGCGCCCUACCCAUCAUGGAACCCGCAGACGCAAAUUCACUGCGUGGUAUCUUGGACACCGUUUCUGCACUGCGCGGGUCAUUGCUAUCACUCGGCUCAGAAACUGAUAUUCUCAACGCAAUUCUAAUCCACAACGUUCUCCUGAAGGUGGAUGCAGAUGCUCGUCAGGCCUACAAUCGAUCUCAAGAUUAUGACACGUUGCCAUCCUGGGACAACUGUUAUAAAACGCUAAGCCGACACAGCGAAUUCCUGGACUGCAGCGCGCCCUGCAUCAAUAAGGAGCGGCUGCUAGAGAAGCGCCAGGAGAAACCAACCGACAAACGCCACGGCAACCUACGUAAGGCAUUUGUCGCCGCCCAGAACACCUGUCUAAAAUGCAAAUCAACGGAUCACAACAUCGGUAAAUGUCCAUCGUUUGCUGCACUCACCGUGGAUGAGCGGUUCAACAUCGCAAAGCAACUAUCCUUGUGCAUAAAUUGCCUCGGAAAGGGGCACAUGGCAGGCAAGUGCAUUUCCAAAUUUAAAUGCCGCGUAUGCCGCGGACUGCACCACACUUGUUUGCACCGAUACACACAGGUCAUCACAGCAUCACAGCCAAUGGAUGACAUUUCUCAAGCGGAUCACUGCACAACGCACGCAGUGUCCCUUCUAGCCAGACAGUCCAAACGUGCUCUCAUUCCAACUGCAGUGGUUCUUAUCAAAGACAAUUGUGGGUCCUAUCAACACGCACGAGCUCUCCUCGACUCCGGAUCGGAGAUCAACUUCAUCACCGAAGAAUUGGCAAAGCGGCUCCAACUGACCCGUGUUCGGCAACAAUAUGACAUCUGUGGCAUUGCAGAUGCACGUGCAAAAAUGAAAUUCUCAGUCACCACAACAGUAAAGUCAAGAAUCGGACACGGGGAAUGGUUGCUCGAAUUCGCCAUAACCAAAUCCAUCACUCAAAGCCAGCCGGAAAGCAUUGUCGAAACCAACGGAUGGAAGCUUCCGGUCGGAAUCGAACUGGCCGAUCCUUUCUUCUACAAACCAAGCAAGAUCGACAUUUUAAUCAGCAUCCAGGAAUUCUUUGGUCUCUUGGGAGAAGGAAAAAUCUCUCUGGGUCCAAAUCUACCCUAUCUGCAAAGGUCCUCACUUGGGUGGCUGCUUGGCGGCAGAAUUGACGAGCCUAGAAGUGUAAAGGCACACGCAUUCAUGUGCAAAACGGAAAGCGUUCGCGAUCUCAACGUCAACUUGCAGCGCUUUUGGGAAAUAGAAGAACUGAGCACAGAACGUCAAGCACUCACAGAGGAAGAAGAAGCCUGCGAAAACCACUUCAAUUCUCAUGUGACAGUUCUUGCCUCCGGACGCGUUCAGGUAUGUUUACCAUUCAAGCACUCCCCUGACGCUCUGGGCACAUCAAUGGAGACAGCCAAAUCUCGAUUUUUACAACUGGAGAAGCGCCUAGAGCGCAACCCUUUGCUACGGGAUAUGUACAGCCAAUUCAUGAGCGAAUAUCUCUCGCUCAAUCACAUGCAGAUUAGAGAUCAUGUUGAUCUCACCCAGCCACACUACUUUAUUCCCCACCAUGGAGUUCUACGCCCGGACAGCUCCACCACGAAGCUACGUGUAGUAUUCGACGCGUCAGCUACAACAUCGAGCAACAUGUCGCUCAAUGAUAUUGUUAUGGUCGGCCCAACCAUCCAACAGACGCUCUUACUAACACUCCUCUCAUUUCGCAUUCACAGACACGCUCUCAGUGCAGACAUCUCUAAAAUGUACCGACAAUUUAUGGUACACCCCGACGAUCGCAAGUUUCAACUUAUAUUUUGGAGGUCUUCAAGUGAGCAGCCGCUGAAAAUCUAUCAGCUCAAUACGGUGACCUAUGGAAUGGCAUGCGCACCAUUCUUAGCAAUACGGAGUCUUCAGUUCAUCGCCCAACGAAAACAGGAGCAGUAUCCUGUUGGCGCCUCCGUACUCCUCGAAGACAUGUACGUCGACGAUCUGCUGACAGGGGCAGAUUCCAUCGAAGAGCUGCAGCAGAAGGUCUUCGAAGUUAACACGAUUCUCGAAGACGCAGGGUUGGCACUUGCAAAAUGGAACGCAAGUCAUCUCAUUGAAACAAAUACGGAGUUUCAUAUCAAGCCUAACGGAGACAAUGUGACGAAGGCCCUCGGCAUGUCUUGGAAGCCCCUAUCGGACGUAUUUUGUUUUCGAUAUGCGUUGCCAUCGGGCGGAGAGAUUACCAAACGACGCGUAAUUUCAAUCCUGGCUCGUCUCUACGACUUACUUGGCUUGCUCAGCCCAGUGGUCGUUCGCUGUAAAAUCUUCGCUCAACAACUCUGGCUGCAAGGAUUUGGAUGGGACGACACUCUCCCAUCUAACCUCAAGGUGGACUGGCAUCGAAUUGAGUCGGAUCUCCAGAACGUCAACCAAGUCGAAAUACCUCGAUUUGUAAAUUCGUCACCACAUCAGCUAGGACAAAUCCAUGGGUUCUCAGAUGCAUCAGAGCAUGCAUAUGGCUGUUGCAUUUAUUUGCGCACAAAAAUCGACGGCAAGUUUAUAUCACGCUUGAUAAUUUCAAAGUCAAAGGUAGCGCCAACCAAGGCACUCUCGCUACCGAGAUUGGAGUUAUGUGGAGCAAGUCUGCUCUGCAACGUAUGGCAAAAAAUUAAGCACAAGUUCACAAACUUAAUCAAUUCGACAAUCUUUUGGACUGAUUCGCAAAUUGUGCUUCAUUGGAUAAAUCUACAUUCAUCACAGCUCAAAUGCUUUAUUGCCAAUAGAGUAUCCAGAAUUCAAGAACAAUCGGUUGAUGUAACUUGGCGACAUGUACCAGGAAAGAGCAACCCAGCAGACAUCGUCUCACGCGGAUGCGCAGCUUCGGAAUUAUCGGACACAAUUUGGUUCUCUGGCCCUGAAUUCCUCAGAUUAGAUCCGGAGUUCUGGCCACAAUCACCUCCAGAUUGUGAAUUUGAUGAUCUCUACUUGGAGAAGCGGAAGGCAGUCUCAUUCGCAUGCAGCAGCAUUCAAUCUACAGAUGACAAACCAAAGAUAGCGGAUGAUCCACAUCUCGGAAGCGUCAUGCUAGAAAUUGUCAAUCGCACUGGGUCCUAUCGACGUAUUCUCAGAAUAGUAGCGUACGUCCUUCGUGUAUUCAACAGAGUUCCAGCCAACAGGAAAUUCUCAGUUCAAGACGCAAUGGCCAUCGCACCCACAGAACUAAAUCAGGCAUUCACACACAUCGUUGCUGCAAUUCAAAAUGCUUCGUUCUCAAAGGAAAUCUCACAGCUUGCCAAAAAUCAGGAAAUCAAGGACAAAACAAUUCGAGGAUUCUCGCCUUACUUGUCACAGGUAGAAGUAGGAACCUACACACUCACCGUUCUACGAGUAGGAGGUCGACUAACUAGAGCCCCAAUUCCUAUCGACGCGAGAUAUCCUAUGCUCCUCCCAAAGGACCAUGAUUUCACCUGGAAGUUUGUCAAUCACUUGCAUAGGACUAACAUGCAUGCUGGAGCCAAAGCGCUUGUGGGACUACUUCGUCUACACAUUUGGGUGGCUAACGCCAAAAAACUAGCAUCAUCUGUAGUCAGGCAGUGCGUCCACUGCUACCAUUACAAGCCCAGACUUGCGAACCAAAUCAUGGGUUCGCUUCCUUCUGACCGACUGCAGACCGUCAGACCAUUCACUGUAACUGGAGUAGAUCUGUGUGGACCGUUCUUAACAUCCUAUCGCAUACGCAGCAAGGUGCCAUAUAAGACUUAUUUGGCGAUCUAUGUUUGCUUCUCAUCAAAGGCGGUCCACAUAGAGCUGCUCUCAGACCUUUCAACUAAUACAUUUAUUCUUUCGUUGAAGCGCUUUGUUUCUCGUCGGGGCAGUCCCUGUCGCAUAUAUUGUGAUAACGCGACAAAUUUCACUGGAGCCAGCGUCCAACUCAACCGCUUCAAGCAAGAACUCUUUAGUCAGCAAACUAAGCAGGAUCUGGAAACCUUCAGCAACGACACUGGAGUUGAAUUCUGCUUUAUUCCGCCAAGAGCUCCACAUUUCGGUGGACUCUGGGAGGCGGCGGUUAAAUCUAUGAAGAACCUACUUAUCAAAUGUAUGUCGGACAGCGGGAUGACAUACGAGGAACUCCAGACGAUCGCUAUAGAGGCCGAAGCCAUCCUAAAUUCUCGGCCAAUUGCUGGUCAUUCAGAGGAUCCCAAUGACGGGGAAGCUCUCACCCCUGGUCACCUCCUCACUGGUUCGUCCCUCAAGGCACUCCCGGAACCAGCAGUGGAUGACAGCAAGUUAUCGUAUCUAACACGAUUCCAACGCAUAGCAUACACAAAAAGACGCCUCUGGGACCUAUGGCGGCGGGAUUACCUGCACACGCUUCAGAUGCGAGCGAAAUGGACUUCUCCAAUUGCAAACCUCGAACCUGGUCAGAUUGUUCUCAUACAUGAGGACAAUAGCCCUCCCCAGCACUGGCUAACUGGACGCAUUAUCAACUCGAUCAGUGGAGAGGACAACAAAGUUCGUGUGGUCAAUGUUCAAACGGCCAAAGGAGUUAUACGACGACCAAUCUGCAAGAUCGCACCUCUGCCGAUCCAAUAUGGUUCUUGA